AUGCCGUCGUCAAUAGACCCCGCCAUCGUCCGGGCGCUCGCUACGUCCCUCAAGAUAGAUGCGACUUCGGCCUCCCUCUCGAGCCACGGUGGCUCCGGCUUCGCGUCGACCUUCCGUAUCACGACUCCCCAGACAACGGUAUUCGUCAAGACGUCGAAUUCAGCAGGCGCAGCGGUCAUGUUUGAAGGCGAACACGCAUCUCUCAAUGCGAUACACAAUGCCGUGCCGUCACUAUGUCCGAGUUCCUUUGCUUGGGGGGAACUCGAGAAGGGAGGCUACUUCCUCGCGACAGAAUUCCUCGAGCUGGGAGGCGGACUGUCACGAACACGCGGGUCCGCUCGGAGCGGGAGCGGCAUGACUCUGGCGCAGAAGAUGGGCAAGUUACACUCUACGCCGGCACCGAUUCCCGACGGCUACGACAAGCCCAUGUUCGGCUUCCCUGUAACGACGUGUUGCGGAGAUACACCCCAGACCAAUACCUACAAAGAGUCUUGGGCAGACUUCUUCGCCGAGAACCGCCUUAUGAUGAUCUUGGAGCGCAGUGAGAAGAACAACGGUAAGGAUGCUGAGUUGCGAAAGGCUGUCGAACGGACGGCCCUUGAGGUUGUGCCCCGGCUGCUGGGGGAUGGUCACCUUGGCGGCAAGGACGGCAUCCAGCCUGUUGUCAUCCACGGUGAUCUCUGGAGCGGCAACAAGUCCAAGGGCUCUUUUGUUGGCCGUGAUGGUACGAGCUCAGACGAACUAGGUCCGGUCGAGGAUGUUGUCUUCGACCCAUCGGCGGUUUACGGUCAUAGUGAGUACGAACUGGGCAUACAUAUGAUGUUUGGCGGUUUUAGCGGCUCCUACUUCAAGGAGUAUCAUGAGAUCGUGCCCAAGACGGAGCCAGUCGAUGAGUAUGAGGACAGGGUAGCCUUGUACGAGAGCUAUCAUCAUCUGAAUCACCAUGCAAUAUUCGGCGGAGGCUAUAAGAGCGGGGCGCUCAACAUUCUCAAACGAUUGCUGAAGAAGUACGGCGAAUAG